AUGCCAGGGAAAGCACAAACAGGAGUGGGAUCAGAGUCCUGGAGGCUAGCCGAUGGUGAAAUCAAAUUCUGGGAGCUGAAUUCGACCUGGGAACAGAAUGAGGAACUUAACAAGCAGUUAGAAUCCUAUCUUUCACUGCAUUCCCGGGACAAGGCCAACAUAGCUGAAAAAUUCCUGUUUGUUCAACAAAACCUUUCUGCAUCUGAGCUGAACGAGCAAAAGGUUCAAGUGACCUGUCCUCAGGGAUACUUUCCAUGUGGUAGGCACUCCAUAUGCUUGCCUCAAUUUCUCCACUGCAAUGGUGUGGACGACUGUGCAAACAAUGCUGACGAGGAUGACUGCGAAGACUUCAGCGGCUGGUCUAAGUCUUUCGAAGCAUAUAUUGUAAAUACAUGGACAUCCGAAUUUCAAACCACAUUGAAACCAUGUAAUCUUGAGUACACGUCAAGGAAUGCAUGUAGAUGCAGUAGCACAGAGCUCAACUGUGAUGAUGGUAAUCUGGAUACACUCCCUUUUGUGUCAACCAAUUUGAUACUUCUGUACUUACAAAACAAUCAGAUAACAACAAUUUCUGGGCGGGCGUUUAAGGGAUUGUACAAUCUUACCAAACUGUAUUUGACUGACAAUAACAUAACCAUGUUGCCUCCAAGAGUGUUUGAAGAUCUUCAUAGCGUUAAAUGGCUGCUGAUCGAGGACAAUAAAAUCCACAAGAUUGCCAUCCACUCCUUCAUUGGGCUAGAAUCGGUCAUGCUCCUGUCACUGAACAACAACUCUAUCUCUGAGAUGCCAGAAGAAACCAUUUGCAAAGAGAUGCCAAAGUUAAUGUACCUUGACAUGGGAAUAAACAAUAUCCAAAUUCUGAAGAAUACUACUUUCAAGCAUUGCAGCAUGUUAAGCGUAUUUGCAUUCAGCGAAAACAAGAUCAACAUUAUACAAGAUCAUGCUUUCUCAGGAUUGCAGAAUCUUAUAGAACUGGAUCUGUCUAAAAACCGGAUACAAGAUAUCUCUCCCCACUUAUUUAAAGAUAUAACUGAACUUCGACAAUUGAAUAUUUCUUACAAUCCAAUUCAGCAAAUUCAGUUGGAUCAGUUUGACAAUCUAUUGAAAUUAAAGUCACUUAACAUGGAAGGAAUGGAAUUAUCAUUUCUGGAAGCCAGGAUGUUUCAGCCACUUACAAAUUUGUCCUUCGUAUACUUUAAAAAGUUCCAAUACUGUGGCUACGCCCCUCAUGCUCGGAAUUGCAGACCUAACACAGAUGGUAUCUCCUCGUUCGAGAACCUCCUGGCUAACAUUGUGCUCCGAGUCUUCAUUUGGGUUGUCUCUGCCAUUACGUGUUUUGGAAACAUCUUCGUCAUAUGCAUGAGACCUUACAUCAGAUCUGAGAACAAGCUUCACGCCAUGUCCAUAAUGUCUCUCUGCUGUGCAGACUGCUUGAUGGGGAUAUAUCUUUUUGUGAUCGGAGCUUAUGACCUUAAAUAUCGUGGCAAGUACAACAAGCAUGCUCACCUGUGGAUGGACAGUAUGCAGUGUCGGAUAACUGGGUCUUUGGCAAUGCUGUCAACAGAAGUGUCCGUCUUACUCUUGUCCUACCUGACUUUGGAAAAAUACCUCUGCAUUGUUUAUCCUUUCAGCAACCUGAAGCCAGGAAAGUACAGGACAGUUUCCAUUCUGAUCCUUAUCUGGUGUGUGGGGUUUGCCAUUGCGUUCACUCCCCUGAUGAGUAACGAUGUAUUUAAGAAUUACUAUGGCACAAAUGGAGUGUGUUUUCCACUGCACUCAGAACAGAUGGAGUCUUACAGAGCACAGGCCUAUUCCGUUGUCAUUUUUCUUGGUGUGAACUUGAUUGCUUUCAUAGUGAUAAUAUUUUCCUACGCAAGCAUGUUCCACAGUAUUCAUCAGACAGGUGCAAUGGCAACAGAAAUCAGCAACCACAUUAAAAAGGAAGUAACCAUCGCCAAGCGCUUCUUUUUCAUUGUCUUCACAGAUGCGCUUUGUUGGAUUCCUAUUUUCGUAUUAAAAAUUCUGUCCGUGCUUCAGGUCGAAAUACCAGGUUCAAUAAGUUCAUGGGUGGUCAUAUUCAUAUUGCCAAUUAACAGCGCACUGAACCCAAUCCUCUACACUAUAACAACUCGUCCAUUCAAAGAAAUGAUACUACAGUGCUGGUACAACUAUAAAAAGAGAGGAAGCAAUGGAAGCCAGAAAAACUCUGCGCCAUCGUUCAUCCUCUUGGAAAUGUGGCCAUUACAAGAGACUAUACCAACAGUAACAAGAACUGAAAUCUUUCAAAAUACAUCAGAAGAUUCACUCAAUCCCGAGACACCAUGAAGCUGGACUCUUAGCACACACACACACAAAACUUCUAGAACAUUUUGUAUCAAAAACUUUAGCACGAGGUGGUAUUCUUACACACAGAGUGAUCACAUUUGGCUAAAGAUCUGGAGGAUCUGGUUGAAAACAUUGCCAAGAUUUUAGCAUAAUAAAAAAAACUUCAUCUUAUUUAUUUUUGGGGCAAAGCUUAAAUUCUGAUUAUGUUUUGCCUUGUGGCAUUGUUGAGACACUUCCGUACUUCAAAUUGGAUGUAACUUCCAUAUUACAUGUAAAAAGUGAGCACAGCUCUUUGGUGUGUUAUCAUACAUCUUGUUUACACAGUUUGAUACCUCAGAACGACAACGAGUGACUUGAACCAUGUUUUAAUGAAUUGUUUCAGUGGCUUUGCACGUUGUAUUAAUGCUUUGUGUAGAACUUUUACUAUUUAAAUAAAUGCUCUAUUUGUAUGAA